UUCGCAGCACCAACAUUUCUACCGCGCCUCUUUCUUUUUCCCCUCUCUCUACCCUCUUUUCCCUACACACUUCCUCUCCGUUUGCAAGACUGCGAAUGCUUCGGCCACUCCAACCGAUGCAUCUACAUGGAGGUGCUAAACACCGUCAUUUGCGUGGGCUGUAAGCACAACACUAGGGGCCAGCACUGCCAGCUAUGCAAGCUGGGCUACUACCGCAAUGCCUCAGCAGAACUGGACGAUGAAAAUGUGUGCAUAGACUGUAAUUGUAAUCCCUUUGGCUCAGUCAGUGAUGGCUGUAAUGGCACAGGAUUUUGUAUUUGUAAGGAGGGCACUACAGGGCCUAAGUGUCAGGAGUGUCUACCCGGCUAUUUGUGGGACGAUGGCUGCAAAUCCCGGGUGUGUGACAACGAACUCCUGCGUUGCCAGAACGGCGGGGUGUGUGUCAACAACGUUCGCUGCAACUGUCCCUCAGCUUAUAAGGGCGUGCUGUGCGAGAAACCCCGCUGCGAGUCGGAGCUGGGGGGCUGCAAGGGCCCAGAUUCGGGCCAGGCCCCCCUGAUGCCGCCGUCCUCCUCCAGUUUGCUGACGCUGCUGCUGCUGGGCUCCACACUGCUGAGAGAAGCCUCCUGCUGGCCCGCUGCGCUC